ACGUUUGUGCAUGCUUCCGCGUAAUUGCAAGCAUGGAUUCAAACGCGUGAAUACGAGUUCGUAAACAAUCGUGAGAUAUUUGGCUGGCAGUGGCAACAAUUAGAACAAAAAUCGAAAGAAAAACUGAAAACAUAGAAGUUCCAAUAUGAUUGGCAGCGAUGUAUUUCGUAAACUUUCGUGUGGUGCAAAGUUUACGAGCAAAAAUAAACUUCCACCCAAGAGAAAGCUCGAAAAUGCCGGUGCAGCUACAGUUGCAAAAGUACGGGCAUGUAUUAAGGAGGAAACGGACGAGGAUGAGCAAUCUGCGAAACGGCCUGUCGGAAACAUAUCUCUUGCAGACAAUGAAGCAAACCAUAAGGAAAUUAAAAGCGAAGCAUCUUCAUCCGGCGAUUCGGAAGACGAGCAGCAAAAGCAAGCAAGUAUCAAACAGAAGAACUCGGGAAAGCUGAAGCAAUACAGUCUGCACCGAGUGAACCAGCUACGCAAUGAGUUUAAAAUCCACGUUAAGAAAAACCGGAACUGUCCGGAAGUGCCAAAUAUUAUAGAAACGUUCGAUCAGCUAACCACUGACUACGGUGUGUCGAACCGACUUGUUUCUAACAUAUUGUCCUGCUACAGCAAACCGACACCGGUGCAAAUGCAAGCCAUUCCCAUUUUGCUCAAAACUACCUCCUUGCAUGCGCUCGCUCCGACGGGUUCGGGCAAAACGGCUGCCUUUCUUAUACCGAUCCUGCAUCAUCUGAAAAAACCGAUGAAGUGUGGCUUUCGUGCUCUUAUCAUUUGUCCCACGCGCGAACUGGCUAAGCAAAUCCAGCGCGAAGCGUUACGUUUGGGCGACGAAAUGAAUCUUCGGACACACGUAAUUCAAACGGUAGACAAUCCAAAGAAGAGCGAUUAUAGCUUCAAUAGUGGCCGCCACUACGAUAUACUGGUGACGACGCCAAAUCGGAUCUGUUACCUGCUGGCACAAAGUCCACCAAAAAUCGAUCUGAGCAACAUCCAAUGGGUAGUGAUCGAUGAAGCGGACAAACUGUUCGAGGAUUCCAAAAAUUCGUUCCGCGAUCAGCUCGAUACGGUGCUUACUGCGUGCAACAACCCGACCAAAACGAUGGCCCUCUUUAGCGCGACCCAAACACCGGAGGUAAAUUUGUGGGUUGCAAAAAAUGUUCCCAAUCGCAUCCGUUUUUCUGUCGGUCUCACGAACGGCGCGGUUGAGCUUGUCGAGCAAAAACUUCUGUUCACAGGUAAUGAAGCUGGUAAGUUGCUUGCCUUCCGCGAGAUGGUAGCACAAGGCCUUCAUCCACCAGUGCUAGUGUUCGUACAGAGCAAGGAUCGCGCACAGCAGCUAUUUACCGAGCUGAUCUACGAUGGCCUUAACGUGGAUGUGAUACAUUCCGAUCGUACACAGAACGAAAGGGACAAUGUUGUGCGCGCUUUUCGUGAGGGCAAAAUCUGGAUACUCAUCUGCACGGAACUAAUGAGUCGCGGUAUUGAUUUUAAAGGUGUCAAUUUAGUGGUUAACUACGACUUUCCUCCAACGACCAUUUCCUACGUGCACCGUAUCGGGCGGACGGGUCGCGCUGGUCGCGUGGGGAAAGCCGUUACCUAUUUCACUAAAGACGACACGGUCAAUCUGAAGAGCAUUGCACAUCUGAUAAAAUCUGCUGGGGGUGAAGUGCCUGAUUAUAUGCUUCAAUUACACGGCAGCAGUAAGCGUGCACGAGAUAAAAUAAUACGGAAGGCACCGAAGCGGGCAGCAAUUCGAACGCUUCCAACAUUCGAAUAUCAACAGCUACAACGCAAAAAGCGUUUCGUCGCCAAAAGCAAAGGGAAAAACAAAGCAACUACCUGUUCGGAUGUUAAAACUACAAAAGGUAGUAAAAAAUUGGCACGUUCCAAGAAUUCUGAUUGCAAGAAAUAAAAACAAAUAUUUACAAUC